AAAGGUGAAAAAGAUCACUGCGAAAACUGCAGACCGAUCUCACUCUUAUCGAUUGUUUCGAAACAGCUAGAACGUUGUGUCCUUAUGAACAUCAAGUGCCAUUUGUCCCAGAUCAUCUGCAAAUGUCAACAUGGGUUCCUUCGAGGUAAAUCAUGUGUAACAAAUCUUUUAGAGGCAAUUGACUAUAUUGGCAGGAUUCUGGACAAUGGGGGACAGGUAGAUACGAUCUAUCUCGAUAUGUCUAAAGCCUUUGAUCGGAUUAAUCAUACGAAAUUAAUUACUAAACUAAGAAAUUACGGCUUCGGUG